GCGGUAUGCCAUGGACCGUACCACCUCUGCCUGCCUGGGGGUGCGGACUCAGUCAAACGGCGGCAGUGCUUUGUUUUUAGCCACCUGAAACUCGUGUUAUGGUCGAAAAGGUAGGAAUAAGAGUACGUUUGAUUUAAUUCCGGAAUUACAGCGUGAAUAAAUGGACGCAAUUCGAAGGUUUAGCCAAACUCUCGACUGAAUGGCACCCGCCGGAUCAAGUUGACGGUUUGGCUCAAGAUGGCUGGAGAGAAACAGUUAUGAGGAGCGAAGGGUUUUCCAAAUUUCCAGGGGAAAUGAGCGGCUCUGCGCCCUGAAGACGCUCCCUCUCGGUAACCGGGGAUCCAGCCUGCUGUUCUCAAGCCAGGGUGCUUGCCAAAACGCCCACUAUUCUUCAAGUUCUGCGGUGCCUGUUGAAGAGGCCGGCUGCCGUAGGUGGCGUGUAAUCAUGACGGAGCAGGAGUAAAAGCUCAAUCCCCUUUGAUGGCUGGAACCUGCGUCGGGGUGUUGGACAAGGCCUCGCGAGCAAACAGAAAGCAUUACUGUUUGUCCAGCAGGCUCACUUAGCGCCUACCGCUUAUGACAAUCCCCUCUUCUUCCUUCUGCUGCGGCUUUCUUCUGUGAUUAGCUAAAUGCCCCAUCGAUCCUCCAAGUUGAGGCACCCGAAGCGAGGGAGCCAUAUUUAUUACACGGGGGAGUGUGGUGAGUGGGGGACAGGACCACUACCAGGGCACCAGCCAGGACGACGAGGGCUGGGGGAGCAGCUGAGGAAAGAGGAGUCUUUCAACUGUUGGUUGCAAGUGACCCGGCCAUCAGAUGAAGAGCCUUCAGUUCCGGAGCAUCGCUCCCAAGGCCCCAGCCGUGGUGCCUUCACCCUCCCCUCUGGCCCCGUCCUGCCAGCCACUGUCUGCUCUACCUGAGGCCACUGCUGCCUCCAGCCCCAAAUCCAUCCUCGUGCCCGCGCAAAACUAUGCACUGAUGCAAAUCGCCGGCCAAGAUGGCACCUUCUCCCUGGUCGCACUCCCCCCCUCUGUCUCCUCUCAGACGCCACAGCAACAAACCCAGUCGGUCCAGAAAAACCUCAAGUUACCCAUCCCCAGGUAUCAGUCGGCCAGAAGCAAGAGGACCUCAGAAAAGGUCAAAUCACCAGUUGCUGCCAACACAAAAGCAGUGGCCAACGUCCCUGUCCUGGCUCAGACCAAGUUGGCGGGGAGCGGAACAUCUGCAGUGCCAAAGCUACAGCUAGAAGAGACAAAUCCCACCAAGGACACCACAAAAGAGCCUUCAGAGAAGGUAUUUGUGAUCGACUCGGCCUCCUCCGACAUCUCUGUCACCGCCCUGUUACCGGAGAGCGCUCUCCUCUGUCCCGCUUCCAACCUGGAGCGGACAGUGGAUGGCAAUGAGCAACCUGCUUCAGCUAGCCUUAUCCAGAACCUCCAGUACCCGUCCGCAGCUGCCUCCAGCUCCACAGGCAGCCCCCCCGAUGAAGCUACGACCGCAGUGGGGCUGUGCCAGCCUAAAGCAGCUGCAGCCCAGCCUCAGAGCAGCAUCACUGUCCUGUCCCCGGCCAUCUUCAGUAAGGCCGUCCAGAUUAUCCCUUCGCCACCGAAGGGGAAACUUCCCAUUCUGCCCUAUUCCAAAAUGAAGAGCUCCCUGAUCCCGGCUACCAAGCUCAGCAGUUUGUCCCCAGAGAGAAAAGGCUUCCGUGGACCGGCAGGAGUCUCCACUGCUGCAGACGCCGCGUCCCAGAAUGUGGAGAACACUGAAGCACUGACGCAAAGCCCGGUGCCCAGCUCCAUUCAGCAGGCCCAGAGCAAGCCCUCGCCCGUCCCCGUUCUCCUCCAGAAACCACCCGGCAAGAAGAGGGGAAGGAAGAGAAAGACCAUGGAAGACAUCUUGGCUUUUGAAGCCAGAAAGAAGAGGUCGCUCUCAUUCUUCCGUCGAAGGGUCCCGGAAAAGCCUCCAGCGGUAAUUCCAGGCUUCAGACAAAAGGAAGUGGACAUCUCCAAGAAGUACCGAAGCAUCCGACCCAAGCCUAUGUUGGUUAUGGAGACGGUCCCUCAGCUGGUGAGUCUGCCUGCGGUGACCGCAGACGGCCAAGAACAGGAGCUUUUACUCGGUCGCCAACUCUCCACUGCUGCCCCAACCAAGGCUCUGGACUGUUCUCCCCAACCCGCUCCAGUAACCCUUCACCUGAGAGCCGGCUCCAGCCCAAAAGUGUUCAUCGGAAGCCGCCCGCUCCACCGCUGCUCCAUCUGCAGCCGCUGCUUCCAGUUCAAGCACCACCUCCAGAACCACAUGAACACGCACACAAACAGCCGGCCCUACAUCUGCCCCCUGUGCCGCAAAGCGUACGCUCACAGAGGCAGCCUGAGCACCCACAUGAAGCUCCACCACUCAGAGGUGCGGCCACGCCGCUCCCUGUGCUGCGAGUUCUGCGAGAAGGUCUUUGGCUACGUGGGCGUGUACUUCCGUCAUCUGAGGGAGGUCCACAAGGUGGUGCUGACCGUGGAGCCGUCGGUCAGUCGCCAUGAGGACGACGUGUCCUUGGAGGGGAGCAUCUCGCCGGAGCCGUCAGACGAGCUGGACCGGGAGGACCCUGUGGAGCUGCAGAUCAAGUGCGGCCGCUGCCAGGCCACCACUCCCACCUUCGCCGACAUGAAGAUGCAUUUGUUGUACGUGCACGGGGAGGAGGUCCACAGCGGCGCUCCGGACGGCAAAGCCCAACGCGUUGGCCGCGAGGUGGAGAACGAGCUGGUAAAGCACGCCGCCCACUACUGGCACCAGCUCAACGAGAAGCGCAACCUGGUCAAGUGCGGCAGCUGCGACGAGGAGUUCUUCUCCUUCUCCAAACUCAAGAAGCACAUCAUGUCCCACCACGGGGCCAGGGACAGGGAGGGCGAGAGAGCAAGGUCGUCGUCUCCUGAAAACGCCGGGGACUUGGGGGUUCUGGCGGCAGGGGCGGCCUUUAACUGUGUGCUUUGCAGCAAGGUGCUGGACAGUAAGGAGCUGGUUCUGGAUCACUGGAGGAGUCACCAUCACUGUGAGCAGCCUGUGCUGCUGUGGGAUGCCCUGAGCUCCUACUCAGGACACGAGGAGGGGGAGGUGGACGGAGAUUUAGACACUCCUUCCCCGAGCCCGCAUUGAGCAGAAGACAGGGCGAGGCCUUUACUGUAGCUCCUCCUCGUACUCACCAAGUCCUCACGGCCUACAGCACAGGGAUGGAGAGUCUCUCUUAGGCCUUUUAACGGUAGUUUCAUCUUUCACAGGCCCAGACCUGGCGUGAGAUGAGAGCAACGAGUCGGGUCAGAGGUGAAGCUCCACGUUACAAGUCGUAAGAUCUUCUCCAAGUUAGAAGUUUCACUUUUAGAAUCAGCUUCAUUUAUUUUUUUUCUUUCUGAUUGCACUGUUCUGUUUUAGGAGUUUGGAGGUUAUUUAAGAUGCUGUUAAAAUAAUUUUUUUUCUACUUUUUAAUUUAAUUGUUUUUGUGGGUAAUAUUUAACCUAACUGACACAACUGUUACCUGAUCAGGGGUCUUUUCGCCCUUUAACCCGUCUAACCAUGCAGAUGACUUGUUUGCUUUUGUUCCGGAGUGUCACGCUUUCAUCCAGAAAGUGAAUCCGUUUUAGCUUUGAAGCGGUUUCACCCAGCAUCCAGUCGGUGGGGAUGUAAAAAUCACCGGAUGCAUCAGUGGUCCUUGGCAAAUGUUGAAGGACUAGCUUUGGUUAGCAUUCUGACCCAUCCUCAAGCCGCGUCGUAUUUUUUUAAUAAAUGAUGUCAUUUUGAAAAGCUUUGAGCACAAGCACCAUGGUGUGGUAAAGGGUCUGCAUGGUUAGAUGCCACUCGGGGAAGGUGAGAGGGUAAAAUCACCUGGCAGGAGGAUAUCGUCUACCAUCAGGCUGGCUGGCAGUGCUGUCCACUGGCCCAAAGUCAUCUGAGAUGAAACCAAAUCACGGUCGUAACAUUACAGUAAUUCAGCUCAGCGGACAGGGCCCCAUUUCUAUAAAGACUCAUGAAAGAAGGAUUUUGCAACCAGCACCAAGUGACAUCCUCGUGGCCUUUUAAAAUAAAAAAAAAAUGAAUAAAAAAAGAAGCGAUGUUUAUGCGUAAUGUGGCCGAUCAUCAGUAUGACUCCCUAAAGGCCCGUCUCAGUCGAUUAAUGCCUGUGUGUGUAUUCUGUGAUAUGCCAGGGUCUAUUCAAAAUAGUGAUUGUAGAAGUGAGUACUGUUCGCUGAUUUAGUAAACACGCAAUGGAUCGCCUACCUGUUGUCGCCAGCUCAUGUAUGCACCUGUGGAGUUUCGUGCACCCAGACUGAGUAGAGUUCAUAGAAACUGUUGUUGAAUCCAGAUGAAUAUGCUAUUUUGUACUUUAGAUUACUACAGAGAAUAUUUAUGCUCGUGGCUGGUAAUAACAGAGCCAGCACUCAGUCAUCUGUUCUGUUUGCUUCAUCGUAUUUUGAAGGGAGGGUUUCUUUCUCUCACAGGGAUGGCUCGGGUUUAGACACGUGAGCGAUGAAGUGGGCUUCAGGUGUUGUCGGUGAUGCUUCCCUCGCCUGUAGGAGGAGGAUGGCAGCCAGUUUAUAGCACUAGAGCAUUAUUAGUAUGGGGAAAAACAUUCUCUUUAUUUGUUCUUUACGUUCUAAGCUUGAGCACCAAUGUAGAACAAACACCCGUUAAACUUAUUUUGGUUUUCCUCCCUAUGGAGUAGAUUAUCUUUUUUUUGUUAUUCUGCUAUUUAUGAAUUAGACUAAGCUGAUAUUAGCCCAGCUGAUUAGUUGGCUGUGCUUCUUAGCAUGCAGUCAGCUGUUUUAAGCUAGCAAGCUGCACUUUUAAAACGGCACUACAAUAAUACGGCUGAUGGGCGGAGCUCAAUUAACCUUCACAGCACAGCAGUGAGAGCUUUAAUGAGCAGAAAUAUUACCAAACAUCUAUGUUUGUCUUUCCUGUUAGCAAUUGGAAAGUUUGGCAGCCGUCGUGCAGCCAGCUGAUGAGCAAUGCACAGCAGCAGGUAAAAACGACAUGAAAGACAUUUUAGUAGUUUUGAAACUUGACCCUUUUUAAAGCUUUUUUUUUUUUUUUUUUUUUUUUACCCAAACACUGAUAGAUUAUCCAUACCUAAGUGGCGGAAGACUAGCAGCUAGUCAGACCACUCAGCCGCUUUUAGCUAUUUUAAAUAAAUUCUUACCGGUGGGAUAGCGUGCUAUAUUAGCUAAUAAUAAACGGCUACACUUUGGUGGGGGACCGUUGUUAGGGUUGUGGCCGUUAUCCCCGCCAAUAAAUAUCCCUUUUACUACUCAAGGUUGCGUCAGUGGAGCCUAUUGGCUGUAUAAAUCUUCCCCACAGGCAGCGGCUCGUCACUCCACUCCAGUGCAGACAAGAGAGGAGUAAACGUUUGCAUAUGGUGCCGGGAUCUCUUAUUUGAGAUGCAGUGUUGAGUAAAGAACAUUCCUGUUCUUUUCCAGGGCUCUCACUCGGAAAUGAUCCCGGUGGACAGACGGUCAGCUGAUCUGGCAGAUUACUACUGCCAGCAGCCUCAGGCAAUGCAACUUUACAUGGUAGCAUGGAUAUUAGUGGUCUGUAGGGAGGGUGUAGAUGUUUCAUAUCUGCUAAUAUAGAGCUGUAUCCCAUAGACAUAAACAUUGUCAGCUAGCAUCUAGGCCGUCUGACAUCAGUCUACGACAGAUGGGGGGGGGGGGGGGGUUGCCAUUGCCGAUGACUUCAUAGAAGCUCACUUCAGAAAAAUCCGAGUUAUCCCUUUAAUGUCCCGUAUCUUGGUUGGGUUGUCGUUAAUACAUGAUUUGUACUGUUACCAUAUGUCUGUUCAUGGUUCAUAUAAAAUAUAGUUCACAGGGUCAAGUGAAUGUACAUGAAUGUUAAAAAAAAAAAUUACCAAAAGUAAAUCUAAAUAUAUGCUAUAUAGACAUUAUUCUAUGGAUAGAAUACCUAGAUAUAUAUUGAGAGGAAAAUAUCUAUAUUUGCAGAGUCACUAGUGAAUCAGCUGCUUUGUUCUGUCCACAUGGAGGAGUGCAGGUGCAGAUAACGUUGCAACUAAAGCCAUGCAGAGCGGUCUUUAUGCGUCUGACAGGAGACGUGGGCGGAGGCCAAAGCACUGACGGGGGUCGGCUACAGUCAACCACACACUGUGGGAUCAUCGGUGGAUUGUCCUCUUUUCUCAAGCCCUUGACAUCAGGCAGGAAGGGACAGAGUUCAGGGUCCGUCUCUUCGCUCCCAUGAGGAGCAUAACGCCACUGUGGGCACGCGCUUGGAGAGUGAAAAUCUCACUGUAGAUGAUACGUGUUUUACUCACUUUAACAUGGUCACCGAGGUAAAUAAAAGAAAACAAAGGAAAAAAAGGCUGAAAGUGUUAGUGCUUGUGACUGUUUGUGUACCUGAACAAGCUGGUGUGAGAAUAAAGUUGUUUGUUGACGA